UUUGCAGCAGGGCAAUGCUGUUAUGUGCUUUCUUGCAAAAUGCAGAGUUGCAGACCACUUGUAAAAGAAAUCGAAGUUGAAGUUUCAAAAAACGUUGUUCUUUUCCUUCGCAUGGAAACAAACAGUUAAGAGUUAGUAUCAAUCGUACGUAUAGAAGUGGAUGUCGUAACAACUAAAAAUGAAUGCAUCAUCGUACUCGUACGAAGGUGAUGUUUGCAUCCAUACAGAUCCUGCGACGGGGUAUCAAUACAAGUGGAAUGCUGAGGAAAAGAAAUGGGAGCCCAAUACUAAAAUCGAGACACAAGUUACCGCUGAUUCUAAUGCCGAGGCAAAAUACGAAAGGGUGGGAAAUACUUAUGUGUAUAAAGAUGAAAGUGGAAGACUUUUGGAAUGGGAUCUUGAAGCUAAAGAGUGGAAACCUAAACUUGAAACACAGACCAUCAGAAGGAUUGCCAAGAAUCCUGAUGAAGAGUUUGAUUCAUCAGAUGAAAGCGGAGAAGAAAAAUUACUUGAACAGAAAAAAAGUGUGAUCAAUCAUCAUGUUCAUGUGAAUAGUGAUGGAGUGAAAACCUACACUGAUCCCUCUGAUGGAACUAUUUUCGAAUGGGAUGAAGAAAAAAAAGCCUGGUUUCCAAAGUUGGAUGAAGAAUUUAUUGCUCGAUAUCAGUUAAGUUAUGGUGGAGAGGCAAGUACAGAACCAGUGGCUGAACUGGAGAAGAAAAAGGUAGAACCUCCACCGAAAAUUGAGAAAAAGCAAGUCAGUGAGCCAAAUUGGUUUGAAGUUGAUCAAACCAAGAACACUAAAGUUUAUGUCACCAAUCUUCCCACUGAGAUAAAUGAAGAAGAAAUUGUUGAGUUUAUGCAAAAGUGUGGAAUGAUUGAAAAAGACUUGGAAACUGGGAAACAUAAAAUAAAGCUCUACAGAAAUGAGAAUGGACAGGUGAAAGGAGAUGCACUUUGCACCUAUAUCAAGAUUGAAUCCGUCGAGCUUGCCUUGAAAAUUUUAGAUGGGAGCGUUCUUAAAGACAAGACUGUUGGAGUUGAACGCGCCACGUUCACGCUCAAGGGGAACUAUGACCCAACGAAAAAGCCGAGAAAGCGUAAGAAGAAGGACGUUGAAAAAUUAAGGAAGAAACAAGAAAAAUUAUUCGACUGGCGUCCAGAUAAACUACGAGGUGAACGUGCUAGGAACGAGAAUGUAGUAGUGCUGAAACGUCUUUUCAAACCAGAAGAAUUUGAUGUUAAUCCUGCAAUGCUUCUAGAAUAUCAACGCGAUCUAAGAGAGGAAUGUGCCAAGUUUGGACAUGUUAAGCGUGUUGUCAUUUUCGACAGGAAUGAAGAAGGAGCAGCCCAGGUAUUCUUCAAAACUCCAGAAGAAGCGGAUCGAUGCGUUGAAGUACUGCAUGGACGCUGGUUCGCCGGGCAAAAGAUAACCGCCGAGACAUGGGACGGACAAACAAAAUACAGGAAGGAUGAAACUGAGGAAGAAAAAGCUGCUCGAUUGAAAAAAUGGUCAGAAUUCUUAACUAAAGAAGAGCAAGGUGAAUCUGAUGACGAUUAAAUGGAUCGUAUUUAUCAGAUGCGAACAGAUGUGUCGAAAUACACUUUUUCUUAUCUGCUAA